CUCUUUUAAAAGUUAUUUUUAGAAAUACAAGUAAAGGUCACGCUAAACUGUAUAAAUGUUAGUUGAAAUGUAUGAAUAGAUUAAGCAAUUAUAUGAUCUUGGUAUGGUCUAAUUAUAGUUUAUCAAUUAACAAUUAUUCACCUCUUUUCUCUUAAUCAUCUACUGUGUGGUUUCCAGAUAGAAACAAUUGAUGACCCAGGCCUUGUUUCAUUAGUGUUAUUAUUAUGGUAACUUUGCCAUCCAAUGGUAACUACCAUAGUAAUGCUGAUCAAAUGAGUAAUGCAGCCAAUCAAAAUCAAGGAUUCCAUACAAGUUACCACUGGAUGAAUACCAUGAUGGUAACUUUUAUGCAACGGGGGCCCUAUUCAUGCCAUAUUAACUUUCUGAUCAUCGGAUGACAGUAUUUUAAAAAAUACCUUUAAAGAAUAUUUUUGCAAAAUAUUUACAAGAUUCAUUAUUUGAAAAAAAUUGGAGUAUACAGAAAUUUCAUGAUUGAUUCCAUUAAUUACUCAAAAGGUAAUGUUAAAUGGGCCAGUACCUUGCGUUGUUUACAUCCAACCCACAAUCUAAAUGCCCAAUUAGCUUCUAUUUGUCUUCAAAUAUCAUCCAGCAACAUGCUCACCGAAACAAAAAUUGGUUUACCCCCACAAACCCAUCCAGACCUGAAGCUUUUCGGGACAUAUUUGUAAUUCUAUCAAAUUCCCAUAACUGCACGCUAUAUUAGCCGCUCCAUUCAAUAGCGGUCGAGAUCGCUAUUGAUGUCGGUAAAUAGUAUGGGCAUGGGUUAUUGCACACAGCAGAGGUUUGCCUAUACACAGUUGACAUCGCUUGAGUCAACAAUGGAAAGGUUUUUAAGUAAAUUUGCGGAGUCUUUUCAGCAUGAUGGAACAAAAAAAAGAAAUCUGAGGGACAUAAAGGAGAGUCUGACAUGUGUAGAAAAGAGAGAUAAAGAGAGAGAGAGGGAGGGAUAGAGAAUAAGGAGAGAAAUAUGGUUGUAUGUUUAUUGUGAAUAGUGGUGUUCAAAACACAAUCUACUUGUAAGCAUAGUAUGGUAUGCCCGAGUGCAGAUUCCGUGCAUUCACGCAAGCGCUCCGGGUUGAAGAAAGUGAAAAGUUGUUUCUUUUUUGGAAAUACAAGAGCAGAAAGUUCGGAAUACUUCUUGAGGAUUUAGGUGUCAAAUACAGUACGAACAUGGUCAUUACAAGGAAUAUGCCUAUACUGGACUUUUCAAUGGAUCCAUAGUCGUACUCGGUAGUUUUAAGAGACAUUUGUGUUCAUGGUCCAUAGUCUUUUCUAUCAGACAUGAGAAGAGAGAACACUUCAGCAAAGUUUAUUUUCAUUUCAAUGUUUCCUUACAAUAAAAAUGUCAUCUCUCUGAAGACUCUGCGGUGAGAGAUCCUGGAACGGCCCCAGUCUAGUAGUAUGUGUACACAGUUUCAGAGGGCGUCAAUAAUAGUGAGGCAUGUUCCUGUCAGAAUAUAUUGCUUGUUUACAAGUACAGCUGCUUUUAAAUUGAAUUAGUAUUGAUCUGUUACACGUUGGGGAUAAUCGUCUCUGGAAACUCUGAGCUCGUGCUGGAAAUGUCAAUCACGGAUAUAAUAACAGUGAACUUUGUAGGUGUUUUCAUGUGGAGAAUGCAUGUAAUGUAAGGCGAUACCGCAUUGUGAAAAUAUGAUGUUCGAGUAUGAGGAGGAUCUCCCACAGCCUCAAGAAGCUGUAGAGUCUAAGACCCAUACAUUCAAGACUAGGAUAUUCAGGAAUCCCCAUAGCUGUGGUUUUUGUAAGGAGAUCAUAUGGAAUGAGGGUAGAAUAUGCAGAGUAUGUAGAUUUGCUUGCCACAAACGGUGUGAGUACAAGGUAAGUGCAACCAAUUUCCAUUCUGCCAGUUUCUUCUCUCAACAGAUGGCCCAAAAUGAUAUAUUAUUUGAAUUGAGCCAAGAGAGUCUAUAUGGAUAAAUACACAUUUUGAUGGGGAAAUUAAUUUCACAUUUGGCAUGAUUAGUGUUAGAGGUCAGAGCAAUGAAAUGUGUUUCGAGCCAGAACAGCAUUAAGUCAUAUGAUUUUGGACCAAGAUAAUGUCCUUCUUGCGCCAAGCAGAUGGAAUGAAUUAUACAUUCCAUUUAUUUCUCAUGGGAGACAUUUCACUACAUUAGGAGCAAUCUGGCAACAACAUGUGUGUUUGGAGAAAAAGAAGGAAAUAUAAAAUUUAGAAAAACAGGGAGAGGUAGAGAGAAAAAAAGUCAUGGGAUUUUUUAAAAAAUCAUGAGAGAAACCAAAAAAGGAGAAAUACCUAUACCAAGAAAUCAAAAUUUUCAAUUGAUGCUGAGCUUGCAGAGUGCAAACUUGUUGAUUUAUAGGUAACAAUACAACAUAAAUCGUUUAUUGAGCGCCACUAUCAUUUCCUUGAAUAUAAGCCAUUCUUCCUCCCACUUGACUUCCAUCUUCAAACAAUGUCCUAAUUUCCUUCCAACAAGCGUGACUGCAAUCAUUUUAGCCUACGCAAAGCAGAAACGGACAUUAGGGUUCACCUAAUAAUCGCAUUCAUGUAUCAUCUUGGAAUAUUUAACAAAUAAAGCCGUAAUAUCUUGAAAUAGUCAACAAAUAAAAGGAGUAAUUAAGGAUAAUAAAUUUGCAAUAUCCUGUUUCAAGUUUGGCAGUUGUGGAGUGAAAUAUUAUUGGAGAUAUUCAUUCAACCAGGUCAGGCAUGUUAUUAGCCGAUUUGAAGGGCAACUUGAGUCGGCAAUCAAUCUGUUCAUGCAAGAAAUCAUCAGGCUUCAGAAAAACGUGCAAACUAUAAAAGGGACGUGAAUGAGAAUCCAAAAUAAUCUUUUGUUUUGCAUCGUAGGUUAUUGAAUCAUAGUAUUGUUGACUGGUAAAAGGGCAUUGCUGUGCUCGGAAAUCCUUGGUAAUAUCAUGGAACUAUAGCGAUCCUAUAUGCUCAGAAAUAAUGUUGUACGAGUUUCCAUGAUUUUUUUAGAAAGGUUACUUAAAGUGCAUCUUAAGUAACCACAUAGGGCCAAGUUAUUAUGUAUAAUCAUGUUUUAAUUGCAUGGUUUAUCUUUAUUUUUAUGGAAAUAAGACACUGAAAUGUUAGAAUACAUGAAUGGAGGAUGAUGUUUUAUUUUUUAUAUUUAGGCCUAAUUAUGAUUGCUUGUGAGGUAGGUAGUAUGGAUGUUUGGACGUUAUGUUGCAGUUUAUUUAUUUCAUCCUAAGUGGACACAUUCCUGUAUAUAUUUCUUAUACAUUUUGGGAAUUACUCUUGUAGGUGUAUACUUCUGACAUUCUAAAACAUAUUGUUAGUGGCAUACUCAAAAUUAGAUGACAUUGCUAAAUCAAAAGGGUGAAUUUCUAAUUCUGUAAAGGAAACAUUUGUAACCUAAUUUUGGAUCUACCCUGAACUAAAAUUUUACUUUCUAAUGUGAGGAUCAUGCCCACAGAAUAAAACAAGAAAGAUUGAAAUAUUUCAUUUUUCUUUUGUGACAUAAAAAUACUGGUUCUCUCUUGACACUGUAGGCACAGGAAUUUUAAUGAUUGUUAAUCCCAUAUUACAGUACCUAACCUGACUAUUGGAGGAAAAAGAAUACAAUUGACCAACAAACAUAAAAGGGGCAAGAAGUCCUAUGAGGUUAUUUGAGAAACCCUACAGAGAUAAUGACUGGAUUUCACAAGAAAUG